AUGGAGGACACCAGGUUAGAGCCUGCUGCGUCGUCGACGGCUUGUGCAGCCCCGGCGAUGGUGGACGUCGGGGAGGCUGACGACUGGAGCAAGGAGCUGGACGACGCCCCCGCCACAGCCCGGGACGUGUCCGCCGAUGAGGCCUCGGCCUCUUGGCCCACUGCUUCCCAAGGUCGGUCCCAGGAUGAUCUUUGGAACGUAUUUUCUCUCUAUGUUUCUCCGUGAGGGUCUAUGCUCGUCGAAUGGAUCGAUUGGUUCUGCUGAUUCGCGUGCAUUUCGAUGUUGUCGCCGAGAGGAUUGCGAUUGGAAGCUUAGGUGAAAGGUCCUAUUUUUCGUUGAAAUUGAUGCUUCUUUGUCGGUGUUUUCCACAGCUAAUGAGGGUCAAGUUUCGUACAGGAGAGUUGUGCGUGAGUUUUUCGUUUACUGCGACAAGUCUUUGGUUUUCGUGUUUUAGAAUUGACCGCAACUCUAGUGGUUUUCCGUCUAAUUUUCAUUUCUUCCACUAAUAAAAACUUAUGCUGAAUUGUACCAUAAUUUGGCUCACUUUUAAGGUGAUAAAAUGCAUGACCUGCGUUAUUCUUUCAUCAUAGUGAUAUCAAGUUUUUAUCACGUCGGUCAAUAUUUCCUACUCUAAUGUUGCGCUGUGGUUUUUUUCCAGAUGAUACAAACGAACUCAGGUCAGACCUCCAAUCACUGCAACUGGAAUCUAAUGGUAAAAUCAUGUCGAUUCAACUGACAUAUAUGUAGGCCUUUAGUAUUUCAUUCUAUUAAAGAGAUGAGUCUGUCAUAUUCAGUGUGGAUGACUGUUAACAUGGUCUCUUGUAUUUGCCCAAUUCAGUGAGUCAACAUGUUGAAGUGGAUGUGCUAAAAGAUGAGGUAUUGAUUGAGAGUGAAGUGGCAAAGAAGCGGCAUCUUAAUGUUGUUUUCAUUGGCCAUGUUGGUAAGUUACUUAGUCUAUUUCACUUGUCCUUGUAUAUUGUGUUAUCGCUGAAUCCUUGUGAACCAGUUCUUGUUAAUUGGUAGUUAUUAUAAGAGAUUAUCAUGUGCACCCUACAGUUUUUGUAUCGCUUUGUUGCCCCAACAUUUCUCCUUUUUCGUAGCAACUGCAUGUAUGUAAACUUUAAUAAAUUAUUGUGAUCGUGAGUUUUUUGGGGAUGGUUAUGUUUUUGUAUUCAAAUAGCCCAAUGUAAAAUGAAACAACAUUGGUGUGUGUGUCAACGGAAGACAGUAUUAUGUUGUAUGGUAAUUUAGUCUUAUACUUGCAGUCCUGCAAUUGUGCUUUAUCUGUUUUUUUUCAUUUUCUUCUGAUACUUCGUACUGCUGUUUUGCUCUUCGGUAUAUUUGUUUAGUGCUCUGAUGUAUUUUGACAAUGAGUGCAUUGCGAACUUCCACAAAGUGGUUGAUGUCUAAAGGGGAGAGGGGUGAAAUCCUUUUCUCAUCUCCCCCACCAAAAGCCUUGACCAUGGAUCUCACCCAACCCAAUAUUCAUUAGCAGUUAAGACACAUCACUCUCCUAAUUUGUGUCAUAGCUUUUAUACUGAUGUGGAUAAUCCGUCAGGUCAGACCAUGACGUUCAAUUCUCUAUAGGGCUUGAAACGUGGUCCUCUAGUUUUUUUAAGUGUUUCACGAUGAUAUCGGUGGUACAUUAGUUCCUUAGAGUGUUUCAGGAUGAUAUCGGUCGUUCUGAUUAAAUGAAAUCAAUUUUUUCAGUGUCUAUGCUGCAUCAAAAUCUUUUCAUGUCAUUUGCUGCUGCCACGUGACUGUCCAUUCAAGCUCCAGGAGCAGCUUCUGGCCUUGCCACCGAAUGAAUAAACGGAUAGCCUGAUUUUUGGAGCUCCCUUUUCUGGUUCUUAUUCUUCCAGUUUAUAUCAAUUUCAAAUUGCGAAAGUGAGGAUGGUCUUCACCAAGUUCAUUCAUAUCUCUAGGAUAUUGCUUAGAUGAAUUUUUUUUAGCCUCAUUGAUGACUUACUUAUAUAUUAAAAUAUUUUAAUAGUUAAUAGAUAAGUUGUACCACCCACUUUUGAAAAAAACUUCAAGUUUGUUCCUUUGAUUUUCUCCCUCGGUUUUUUAAGGUCAGCCAAGAACUAGGAUUGGUUUCAUGAUUACUGGCUACAAAUACGACCUUCUGAUUCUCUUUAUAAAUUCAUAUUUUUUGUACCUGUUAAGAUGACAUUUUGAGAAGGUUUUGGUAUUUUUCAUCAUUCCUGCACAUUGCAAGUAUUUACUUGUUCUCUUCUUUGAUACAUUUCGAUUGCCUCUGGCAGAUGCUGGUAAGUCAACAAUUGGUGGACAGAUACUACUCCUUAGUGGUCAAGUUGACGAUAGGACUAUUCAGAAAUACGAGAAGGAAGCAAAAGAUAAAAGCCGAGAAAGCUGGUACAUUUGUCAAUAGAAUUUUCAGAGCCGUGAUUGAUGUUACUUUUAGUGCACCAUUGGACAUUAUUUCCCCUUUUAUUCGUGUCAUUCUGUAUCACGUAUUUCAUUGAAUUCAACUGGAGAGAAUAUGCUGCUUUUCAAAUGUAUAUUCAUAGCUAAGAGAAACCGAGAUCACGAUAUAGUGAGGUGCUAUCUGAAUGAUAAUCAAUUAUCUAUUUCAUCAUUUCCUGGUCAGGUACCACAAGUACACAUGCAUUUCUUUUCUCUGGUUAUGUAUUCAUGCAUCUUUCAUUGAAUUAUCAUGCAUGUUGUUCCCCUGUAAACAUCUGAGUUGAUGCUAUGCAAGUUUUAUGUUUAGACUCGGGAUGAGCUAACAGUGAUCUUUCUCAUAGCCUGUGGGAAGCUUAUUUUUUCGUUAUGGAGGAAAAUUCUCAUUUUGUUGGAUUCUCUUUGAUUGAUUUGCUUGUGUUUGUUUGUCUUCUAGGUACAUGGCUUAUAUCAUGGACACAAAUGAGGAAGAACGUGUAAAGGUAUGCAAUUUAUUCUGCUCGAAUAUUUUCUUACAUUUCCUUUUGCUGUACUAGUUUUUUUUUUUACUGACGUCCACAUUCAAAAAUAUGUGAAAAACUGAAAUUUAAUAAUUGGGGGUCUAUUAUUGUCCUUUCUUAUCGUGUCGCUUUUAUGAAUGAUAGAACUUUUGCAAACUUUUUGACAUCUUGCACAGCCAAAGUUCUCUUCUCUCUCCAUCUCCCCUUCAUUUCUCAUUACUCAAAAUUUAACUGACAGAUUUUUUGUUUUAUCUAUGGUAAUUUUCUAUUUAUUCUCUUUUGCGGUGGGUGCAUCCAUGUAGGGAAUAACGGUGGAGGUUGGCAGAGCUCGUUUUGAAACGGAUAAUACAAGAUUCACAAUUCUUGACGCUCCUGUAAGCUCAUCUUUCCUCUAACUGUUUACGUUUCUCUCUGAAUCAGGUAUUUAGCCAGUUGCUUGUUAGUGUGCGUUGUGUUGUUGUUCAUGCUUACUGAUCAGCAUUAUAUUUCGAAUAUUGCCCACCGCUGUGUGUAUCCUCUAGUUCCUUGAUAAAUCUCCUUUAGUCACAGGAUCUUUGCUGGUUUUAUAUCUAUAUUUGGCUGCCCGUUCUGGCUUGUAGACUCUUGGCACAUCAUCAAGGUGAGGAGGCUCCUUUUGUUGUGAAACAUGGGAGAGACUAACUAGUGAGUUUAGUGAAAGCACUGGCUUUUUCAUCUCUCCCAGCAAGUACGUGAACAUAUAGGAGUACGCCAGUCCAUCCUGUCACGGAGAUUUGAUGAAUGCAUAAACAUGAUUACUGUUUUCCUAGUCUUCCUAUCUUAACACCUCCACCAUUUGUUUUGUCAUGAGGUGCUUCUGUAGUAAGUGAUCCAUCAAUAUACCUUAUCGUUCAUUGAUACUAUGAUUACUUCUUGAUUGUAGAGAAUCUCCACGUUCCAGUAGGGAAGGAAUAAAAUCACAUAGUGAAAGAUUGGUCAAGGAGAGUCUCAAGGGUGCCUGAUUGAACAAAUAAGCCAAGAACGAAGAAAGUCUAGGCAAACCAUCCAUCUGUCAUAUCAAGUUAUAAUUAUAUCCUGGGGUAGCCCAAAAAGACACAAGUACCCAAGUCCUCUACAAUUUGUGUAUGUUGCGUAGAAAGAAUUGCCCAAUGUAGUCUUGCAGCUAGUCUUAGUUAGGAGGCUUGUUUUAUACGUGACGAGGAAUAUUCUUUAGAAGUAUAGCACGAAUAUUGUUUAUAAUUGUUUCUUUCCGCUAAGUAGCCCACUUAGAAGGAAUGAUAAGCUCCCACCAUUCUGGUACGGAGUUUAAAGGACAUGCGGACUCAAGGUAGAUCGCCCAUUACUCUGUAUCUUGCAGAUCUUUCCCUGCAUAAGGUACUGCCUCAUACAGCCCUCUGUUGGGAUAGUGCACAUUAGAGACUGUCUACUCUGACAUUAAUCUCUUAUGAAUGCUUUCCCUCAUGAUGUUUAAUAGCGGUUGGACGUCAGGAGAGGGGGAAAUAUAAGAUGAAAAACGGUUCAGAAGGCUGAUGGUCAUUAGUCUUGUUUUCCAUGGUUAAGGAAGAUGUAGUACUGUUUCAUUCUUGUUGACUUUGUCUUCAUCCUGUUUCUAAACUUAUUUUUUAUACGGAAUCAUUUCUCAUAAACGUUUUUUUUUUAAUGUUUGUGUCCGCUUAGUGUUCUUAGAAGCAUUAGAUAUAAUAUAUUUUCAUAAUGUCUAUGUGUGUGUGUUGUAUGACGUUGUCAUCUGAUUCUGUCUUCUCAACAUGAUUUUUUACAUUUUGUUCACUUGGUUUACGUGGAUAUUCCUUCAGGGUCACAAAAGCUAUGUUCCGAACAUGAUUAGUGGUGCAUCUCAGGCUGAUAUCGGUGUUCUUGUGAGUGUCUCUGAUUAUGGCAUUUGGUUGAAUAUGUUGUUCCCUAAAUGGUUGUGACUCUAGGGCUUUUUGUAUGCAUGCUAGGUGAUUUCUUCACGUAAAGGUGAGUUUGAAACUGGAUUUGAAAAGGGGGGACAGACACGAGAGCACGUUCAACUUGCAAAGACUUUGGGAGUAACAAAGCUGAUCGUAGUAGUCAACAAAAUGGAUGAGCAAACAGUCAAAUGGUCAAAACAAAGGUGGUUAAGCGGCACUCAAUCAUUUCGUUUAGUAGCAACAGCCUCUUGUUUGGAAGGAUUCCUUAUAAUUUUUCUUUCUGUUUAGAUAUGAUGAAAUUGAAUCGAAGAUGAUACCAUUUCUAAGAUCAUCCGGUUACAAUGUAAAGAAAGGUAAAAUAUUGUCACUUAGAUAUAGUUUUAUCUUCUUCUUGUUGUCUAGAAAAAUUGACUUCAUUUAUAAAUGGCCACUGUGGAUUGCCUGUCUUUUGUUUCUGUUAGAAAAGUCAAGUUAAUCUGCUUAGCUUUCUGUUAGAAGUAUCCUUGUUGGUCUUGGAAAACCAAUUUGGUUCUUUAUCAUAGCUUGAUUCGCAUCACCUGCUUCGUAAAUACGUUUCUAUCUUAUUUUUAUGAUUGUGUGAAUCAUUUUUUUGGGUGUUAACUACUUUCGACGUUAUGUAUUAUAUUUUAUUCUAUAGGCAUUUGUUUGGGGCACAGUUUUUGUAUAGGAUUUCGCUUGUUCUUAGGCUGAUACUCCUCAACGAGUGUGUAUCAGAUGCUACAACGGGUGCGAUGUUGCCUUCUUGAUUUGUGAAGUUUAUAAGUCAUUAUUUGUACGCAGAUGCUAUGAUUCUGGGGUAAGUGACGUGCUUGGUUACUUUUAAAAUGUUGAAAGUAUUGAAGUGAUUGUUAGCUUCAAAAUCGAUUUAUAUGAUCCUAUAUCUCUGGCGAAACGCUUGACAGAUUUUAGUGGGAGAUGUAGUAUACAGUGUUUCUGCACUUUUUAUUUUUUAUUUUUUUUGGAAAUCUGUUUGAGUUCGAGGUUGUGUCAUGCCUCUUUCUAUUUCUCUCUGGUGUUCUGAUUUUUGUUCUCCACUUGCUUGCUCGCAGAUGUUCAGUUUCUUCCAAUUUCAGGCUUGUUGGGUUACAACAUUAAGACCAGAAUGGAUCCAAAGGCCUGUCCAUGGUGGAGUGGUCCAUGUUUGUUUGAGGUCCUCGAUUCUGUCGAAGUUCCCCUUCGAGAUCCUAAAGGACCUGUUAGGUUGAUAUCUGACGUUCAUUUAAUUUACAUUUUUGAACUGUUUGAAAAUGACACGUCCUCUAGAAAAAUACUAGUUUUUUUUACGUGAUUAUGUUUUUUAACAUUUCUGAUGAAUUGUUUAUGUUAACUUUACAAGCAGUGAUUUCUAUAUAAAUCACAUGACAGAAAACUUUGGAACGAUAUUUUCCAAUACGACCGAUUUCCUUUGUUUGGGCGGAAUGUUCCGAAUGCCUGCCAUUGUUAUCGAUGUAUACACCUUGGCUGACAGAGAAUUCUCGACAUGUUGGUGACAGGGUGCCAGUUAUCGACAAAUUUAAAGACAUGGGAACGAUAGUAAUGGGCAAAAUAGAAGCUGGAACUGUAUACGAGGGGAAUAGCUUGCUUGUGAUGCCUAAUAAGGUAAGUUAUCCGCUAAGGCGAAUUCGCCCGCCCAAUAUGUUUCCACCAUCUUUGAAUCAUCAAGCUCAUAACACAUGUAUACUUUUGUAUGUUGUUCCACAGGUUGAUGUGAAAGUUCUGGCUGUGUUUUGUGACGACGUUAAGGUGAAUUCAGCUGGGCCUGGCGAAAAUGUCAAGGUUAAAUUGGCAGGCAUCAAUGAUGAAGACAUAUCGCCUGGUUUUGUUCUUUCAAGCCCUGGUAAUCAAUCAAUUCCUCUGGACAAUCUUACUCUCAAGUGAAUGCAAUGUUCUUUUCAGAUUUUUAGAAGAUGCUUCUUGCAGAUGGAUCUUCAUCUUAUUCCCCCCUAAACUCUGGCAAUCGGGCUCUGGCAAAAUAAAUAAAUAAAUAAAUUGAUGCUAGCUCUGGGUUUUCCAUGCAAUUCAGGGAAUGCGAAUCGAAUAGAACAGUUCUUCUAUGUUUUUUCUCUAGAUGGGAUCCUUUUAUGCGGAAUUUUUAAAACCGAGAGGCUUCCUGCUUUUACGCAGUCGUCCCGGUGCCUGCAGUGACCGAGUUCGAUGCCCAGUUGCAGAUCCUGGAGCUACUUGACAAUGUAUGAGAAGUGCUCUGAUUCCCUCCCCCCUCCCCCCUCCCCCGUUUCUUGAAUUACCCCCUCCAUUUCGUCGUGCUUGUUAUUCCGAUAUCUUCUUAAAGAAAUAAGUUUUUAUUGAUUAUUGAUUAUUUAUUUUAUUUAUUUGAUGCAUCAGGCGAUCUUCACCGCUGGCUAUAAGGCAGUGUUGCACAUCCACUCAAUCGUCGAGGAAUGUGAGAUCGUCGAUCUCCUGGAGGAGAUCGAUCUGAAGAAAAAGAAGGACGCCGACCCGAAGAAGAAACCCAAGAGAAAACCCCUCUUUGUGAAGAACGGCGCCGUCGUUGUGUGCCGUGUCCAGGUACAGUCGGGGAACAUGUUCUUGUUCCUUUUUAAGCUAAGCUCUUGUUCUCAUAUACUUUGGCCAUGAUCUUCGCCCUGUUCUUAGGUCACCAACCUGAUCUGCGUCGAGAAAUUCUCAGAUUUCGCCCAGCUCGGGAGAUUCACUCUCCGCACAGAAGGUAUUCUUUCAAAGUCUCUACAUGGGGUUGGGUGGAGGGGCCAUAUUCGAUCCCGGGUUUCGGUCUCCUUCCCACUCUGAUGGAGGGGAGCAAUCAAUCCUUGCAGGGAAGACGAUCGCAGUUGGCAAGGUCGUGGCCCUUCCGGCCGCCGGAAGCACCGCGUUCUCUGCUUGA